GUUUCAAUUACAUGCAACUCAUGUACAUAAUAUAGUCGCGGGAGCUGAUCAAGGACUGCAUUAACCCCAAACAUGCUAACUUCUAGUAAUGCUCAGCUCGUUCCCUCCAAGGAUGGCGCGUUGAUCUAUGCCGAUGCAUCUGGCGAUCCAACGAAACCGUGCCUCGUCUUCGUUCACGGCCUUUCCUUGAGUGGUGCUGUGUUUGACAAUCUCUUUGCCAAUCCAAAGUUGACGGAAAACUUCUAUCUCGUUAGAUAUGAUAUGCGCGGGCAUGGGCGAAGCGCGAUGCCGGAAUCAUUGGAUGAUUAUUCCUCUGAGAUCUUCGCAGAAGACUUCAGGGCUGUAGCGCGCGCCUUCAAGAUCUCAAAGCCAAUCUUUGUCGGAUGGAGCCUUGGGUGCGCCAUCGUAUGCGACAUCGCAGCGCACCUCCCCAAGGACACUCUCGCAGGAGUGGUCUACCUAGCAGGACUGCCCUUCAUCGGACCAAUCAUGGGACGCGUCGGAACGUCGACCGUCCUCGGCUUCCUCCCCAGUCUCUUCAGAGCAGACGACGUCAAUCUGAAUGCCAAGGCCACCAUUGCGUUUGUCGACUCUCUCUUUACCGACCCCAAAAAUGUGCCAUUCAGCUUCAAGACGUCCUGCCUCGGGAGCGCACUGCUGCAGCCCCCAAAGGUGUGCAACAACGUGGUCUCGCGACCGCAGAAUCCAGAGAAACUCUAUGAGCUUGGGAGGGACGGGCUUCCGAUGCUGGUUUUGAGCGGUACGGCCGACCAGCAGGUUAAUGGAGCUGUCGUGGUUGAAGAGAUGAGGCCGUAUUACAAGAAUUUAGACGUUCAUGUCGUCGAGGGCGGAAGUCAUGCGUUUUUCUAUGAUAACGAGGCCGAAGUGGUAGAUAGUAUUUCUGCGUUUGCAUCCAAAGUUUUUUACUAGUAAAUAACGAUCGGGUCUCGUCACUCACCCCGACUCACUCGAAUUUUCAGCCCCAAGUUCAAAUAAUGAAUGUCAGCUUCCG